CGGAGGAGCGGCUGCCUGCGCCGGCUGUGCACGGGGCCGGGUUGCUGGAAGCCGGAGCGGGGUCUCUCCGCAGGAUGCAUCCCGGGCUGGCCGUGGGGCUGGUCUUCGGCGGCUGCUGCAGCAACGUGGUUUUCCUGGAGCUGCUGAUCAGGGAAUUUCCAGGAUGUGGGAACCUGAUCACCUUUGCCCAGUUCUUCUUCAUAGCCAUCGAGGGUUUUAUCUUCGAAGCCAAUUUUGGAAGGAAGCAGCCCACCAUCCCAAUCAGGUACUACCUGAUCAUGGUGGCCAUGUUCUUCACAGUCAGUGUGGUGAACAACUACGCCCUCAACUUGAACAUCGCGAUGCCUCUGCACAUGAUAUUUAGAUCGGGAUCUCUGAUAGCAAACAUGGCUCUGGGCAUCAUUAUCCUGAAAAAAAGGUACACCAUCUCCAAAUACACCUCCAUAGCUCUGGUGUCUCUGGGGAUCUUCACCUGCACCUUCAUGUCAGCAAAGCAAGUGAGUUCUAUGUCAAGCCCAAGUGAAGAUGAAGAGAACGUCUCUGCUUUCUUCUGGUGGCUGCUAGGUAUCCUCGCUCUGACCUUUGCUCUCCUCAUGUCGGCUCGGAUGGGGAUCUUCCAAGAGACUCUCUAUAAGAGAUUUGGCAAGCACUCCAAGGAAGCCCUUUUCUACAACCACGCCCUCCCCAUCCCAGGUUUCCUGCUUCUGGCUCCCGACAUCUACAGACACGCCGUUCUCUUCAGCCAAUCUGAACCGUUCCAAGUCCCAGUUAUUGGGCUCACGUUGCCCAUAUUGUGGUUCUACCUCAUCAUGAACAUCAUAACUCAAUACGUCUGCAUACGGGGCGUCUUCAUCCUGACCACAGAGUGCACCUCCCUGACGGUCACGCUGGUGGUGACCCUGAGGAAGUUCAUCAGCCUCAUCUUCUCCAUCCUGUACUUCAGGAACCCCUUCACUGCCUGGCACUGGAUCGGGACCCUCUUUGUCUUCGUGGGGACUUUGAUGUACACGGAAGUGUGGAACAAUCUGGGGCCUCUGCUGGACCGGAAGCAGAGGAAACAGGAGGAGAAGCAGGAGUGACAGCAGAUGUCCCCGGCUGGGAAAGCGGAUGUCUUCUCCACUGAACCACGGAGAACCAUGGCUUUCAGUUGAGUUUACUCUAUACGGUGCCGAGCAACAGAAGAUUCCCUUCUCAUGGAAGCGAGGGGUUGAUUUUUGUAAUACAAAAAUAACUGGUUUUGGCUAUGCCAAGCGGAUGAAUGGAUUCCCUGGAAUGGGGAAAUCCCCCUU